UCCCUCUCAUUCCCAACAGCUUGCAGCCUCGUUUGCCUCUCUGCAGCUUCGCUCGCUCCAGAGCUUUAGGAGGGAGGGUGAAGAGGCCGCCAUGUUGGAUCCGGUGACUUCAGUGGCAGCAGCCGGAGCUUAUGCAUGAGGCUGUGUGGAGUCAAGGAGGGCGGACGGUGAAAGAAGAGGAGAGGAAAACAACCUCGACGAGGAAGAGGAAACGGAGGAAGGAGUCGGGGGGAGUACAGGCUAUCACUGUUCGCUACUCGAAGAAGAUGCCCUAAGCAUGGUGGACCGAAAGACGGGCAGCAUCUUUUCAUUUCUUGCACUAGAAAACAGCAGCACCACAGCAUCUUUUGGAGGAAGCGCGCAAGCGGAGUGGGAGAUGUGUGUAGAUUGAAAAUGGCAAUAUCCUGUUGCCCUGUCAAGAGAAACAAGGAGCUAGAGGACGUGCAGCGAUAUGGAGAGGAUUUGCUAGGAUUAUUACCAGCCCAGCCUUCUCUUGUUCCCUAGACUAGAUGUGCUGAUACCGUAUUUAAGAGAGGACAAUUAUUAUUUUCCCGAUAUUUAAAGAGGGGUGUGACUUUCCCCCUCCACAUGCUCCCCCUCCCCAGUAUAUUGGGGAGGGAGGUUAAGGAAAUUCGGAUUAUACGUUGUUUUUUGGAAUGGUGAAGAGCCUUAAUGGAAGAGUGGCACAGAUUGCCCUAAGGAAGGAUUCUGUUUCUGAGGACUUUUCUUCCUCUUCCUCUCUUCUUCACACUCCCCACUUUCUGAAGAGUUGCCACUAAUGCAUUUUCUAAGAGGUGGUGGAGGUGGAGGUGGAGGUGGUGGAGAAGGUGGAGAAGAAGGUGGUGGAGGUGGUGGAUAUUCUCCAGCACUAGAUCUUCAGAAUCCUGUGCUUUUUAUUUUUUGCCCUCCCACCUUCAAAUAGCUUUCUUCCUGCUGCUCUUUCCUUGAAAGUGAAUUGUUGAUGCAAAUGGAAUGGGGACUUUACACUUUAAUGAUGCAGAAGGAUUCAUUUCGGGAUUGGGUUUCAUGAUCUGAAUUUCGAAUGAAGGAGAAGACCUUUAAAAAUCUAUAUGGAUGACAGAAGAGUGGAUUCAGUCUUGGGAUUAAAUUUUAAUUAUUAUUAUUUAAAUGUAUAAAAUAUAUAUUUUCUCUUUUAAAUGUUAUUAAAGGAGAUUUUAGGGUAAUUAUUUUUCUGUAAUACUCUGUAUAUAUUGUAGAUGUAUGUGUGGAAAAACUGACAAAGUUACAGUUCUCAGAAUGGCAGUUCUGAGAUGGAUUAUACCUUCAGUACCAUCUUUAAAACACUGACUUUUCAAAAAAAAAAUUAUAAACUGUAAUAUAUUCUAAUGUGCUAGAUUUGUCAAAGAUAGCACAGAAUAAUAAAGAAGGAAAGUCUGUUAAAAACUGAAGCAGCCAUGUCUGGAGAGGUGCGCUUGAGACAGUUGGAACAGUUUAUUUUGGAUGGGCCAACUCAGACCAAUGGGCAAUGCUUUAGUGUGGAAACCUUGUUGGAUAUACUCAUCUGCCUUUAUGAUGAAUGUAAUAAUUCACCCUUGAGAAGAGAGAAGAAUAUUUUGGAGUUUCUAGAAUGGGGCAAGCCUUUCACAUCUAAGGUGAAGCAGAUGCGAUUGCAUAAAGAUGACUUUGAAAUAUUGAAGGUGAUUGGCCGAGGUGCCUUUGGGGAGGUUGCUGUUGUGAAAUUAAGAAAUGCAGACAAAGUAUUUGCCAUGAAAAUAUUAAAUAAAUGGGAAAUGCUGAAAAGAGCGGAGACAGCUUGUUUUCGAGAAGAGAGGGAUGUUUUGGUGAAUGGGGAUAAUCAGUGGAUUACAACAUUGCACUACGCCUUCCAGGAUGAAAAUUAUUUAUACCUCGUUAUGGAUUAUUAUGUUGGUGGAGAUCUACUUACCUUGCUCAGUAAGUUUGAGGACCGGUUGCCUGAAGAAAUGGCUCGCUUUUAUUUAGCUGAAAUGGUGGUAGCCAUUGAUUCUGUACAUCAGCUACAUUAUGUCCACAGGGAUAUCAAACCAGACAAUAUCCUGAUGGAUGUGAAUGGACAUAUUCGGUUAGCAGAUUUUGGUUCUUGUCUGAAGCUGAUGGAAGAUGGAACGGUUCAGUCUUCAGUGGCAGUUGGAACACCAGAUUAUAUCUCUCCAGAAAUUCUGCAAGCCAUGGAAGAUGGGAAAGGAAAAUAUGGUCCCGAAUGUGAUUGGUGGUCCCUUGGUGUUUGCAUGUAUGAAAUGCUUUACGGAGAAACACCUUUUUAUGCUGAAUCUCUGGUGGAGACAUAUGGAAAGAUAAUGAACCACAAAGAGCGGUUUCAGUUUCCUGCCCAAAUGGCAGAUGUGUCUGAAAAUGCCAAGGACCUAAUUCGAAGGCUUAUCUGCAGCAGAGAACAUAGACUUGGGCAGAACGGAAUAGAAGACUUUAAAAGCCACCCAUUUUUUUCAGGGAUUGACUGGGAUAACAUUCAGAACUCUGAAGCACCUUAUAUUCCUGAAGUCAGCAGUCCAACAGAUACAUCGAAUUUUGAUGUAGAUGAUGACUGUUUAAAAAAUUCUGAGACAAUGCCUCCACCAUCACAUACUGCAUUUUCUGGCCAUCACCUGCCAUUUAUAGGAUUCACAUAUACAAGUAGCUGUGUCCUUUCGGAUCGUAGUACUCUAAGAUUUGCAGCUGGGCAACGUGUAAUGGAACUUGAUGCCAAUGUUCAAAGAACACUAGAAGAUACCUUAGCUACAGAAGCAUAUGAGAGACGAAUAAGACGUUUAGAACAAGAAAAGCUGGAACUUAGCAGAAAACUUCAAGAGUCCACACAAACAAUCCAGGCCCUACAUUAUUCAACUGUAGAUGGUCCAUUAACAGCAAGCAAAGAUUUAGAAAUUAAAAGCCUAAAGGAUGAAAUUGAAACAUUGAGAAAACAAGUCACUGAUUCUGGGCGAUUAGAGCAGCAACUUGAAGAAGCCAGUUCUGCACAAAGAGAGUUAGAAGAUGCUACCAGACACAUCAAAACUUAUGAGAAGCAAAUGAAAGCACUAAAGCAAGAGCGGGAUGAUCUUAAUAAGGAACUGCUUGACUCCAGUGAGAGGUUAAAGGCACAAACCAAAGAACUGAAAGAUGCACAUAGCCAACGGAAACUGGCCAUGCAGGAAUUCUCUGAGAUGAAUGAACGACUUACGGAAUUGCAUUCACAAAAACAGAAGCUUACCCGCCAAGUUAGAGAUAAAGAAGAAGAGAUGGAAGUGGUGAUGCAAAAGGCAGAAAGCUUGAGACAAGAGUUACGUAGAACAGACAGAAUAAAGAAAGAACUGGAAGUUCAUGCUGAAGCUGCAACUGCUGAGGCAUCCAAGGACAGGAAGCUGCGUGAGAGAAGUGAGCAAUAUUCUAAGCAGCUGGAAAAUGAAUUAGAAGGAUUAAAGCAGAAACAAAUUGGUUGGUCUCCAGGGGUGAGCAGCUCAGAACAUCAGCAGGAAAUAACAAAAUUAAAAGCUGACUUGGAAAAGAAAAUAGUUUUUUAUGAAGAAGAACUGUCUAAACGAGAAGUAAUACAUUCUAAUGAAUUAAAAAAUCUGAAGAAGGAAUUGCGUGAUGCAGAGAUCCAACAACUUGCUCUCAAAAAAGAAAUUCUGGUAUUGAAAGACAAAUUAGAAAAGACAAGAAGAGAAAGCCAAAAUGAAAGGGAGGAGUUUGAAACAGAAUUCAAACAUAAAUAUGAACGGGAGAAGAUUCUGAUGACUGAUGAGAACAAGAAGCUUUCCAGUGAGCUUGACAAGCUUACAGCAAUGUAUGAAAGGCUAAGUAUGAGUAAUCGACAACUUGAAGAAGAGAUGAGAGAUCUUGCUGACAAAAAAGAAUCUGUGGCACACUGGGAAGCCCAGAUUACUGAGAUCAUCCAGUGGGUGAGUGAUGAAAAAGACGCCCGAGGUUAUCUUCAAGCGUUAGCUUCCAAAAUGACCGAAGAACUAGAAGCGUUGAAGAGCUCCAGCUUGGGUGCAAGGGCAACAGACAUGCCUUGGAAGAUGCGUCGCUUUGCAAAACUAGAUAUGUCUGCAAGGUUAGAGCUACAGUCAGCCCUUGAUGCAGAAAUACGAGCCAAGCAAGCCAUUCAGGAAGAGUUAAAUAAAGUUAAAGCUUGUAACAUUGCAACAGAAUGCAAAUUACAGGAAUCUGAAAAGAAGAACUCCGAGCUGUUAUCAGAAAUAGACAGACUGAAAAAAGAGGCAGAAGAACUUCAGUCAGAAAAGGGAGUGAAGCAUCAAGACUCACAAAAUUCUUUCUUGGCAUUUUUGAAUGCACCUACCUCUGCUCUGGAUCAGUUUGAACGCUCUCCCUCCUGUAUUCCAGCCCACAAAGGCAGACGUAUUGAUUCUGUUGAAAAUUUUACCUUAUCUAAUACGCCUUCGCGGGAUGAAGAUAUCAAGUAUCAUCUUCAUUCAAGAUCUAGGUCCCCUUCCACAGCUAGUGACAUUGAGGUUUCAGAUCAUCCUCUGCGUCCAGUUCACACUCCAACCAUGAGAUCACCAUAUAGUGGUUCAGGACUCUCUGUGCCAAAGCCUAAGGCCCAUCAGUUUGUAGUAAAAUCCUUUAAUACCCCUACCAAAUGCAAUCAGUGCACAUCAUUGAUGGUUGGGUUAAUAAGACAGGGUUGUACCUGUGAAGUUUGUGGGUUUUCAUGCCAUGUGACCUGUGCAGACAAAGCACCAGCAGUAUGUCCCAUCCCACCUGAACAGACAAAAGGUCCUCUAGGGAUUGAUCCACAGAAAGGAAUAGGAACUGCUUAUGAAGGGCAUGUCCGAAUCCCUAAGCCAGCUGGAGUGAAGAAAGGCUGGCAGAGAGCCCUGGCUGUUGUCUGUGACUUCAAGCUGUUUCUUUAUGAUAUAGCAGAAGGAAAAGCAUCCCAACCCAGUGUGGUAGUCAGUCAGGUUCUUGAUAUGAGGGAUGAAGAAUUCUCGGUGUGUUCUGUUCUGGCUUCUGAUGUUAUCCAUGCAAACCGAAAAGAUAUUCCCUGUAUUUUUAGAGUUUCAGCUUCUCAGCUAUUAGCAUCAAGUAAUAAGUGUUCGGUCCUGAUCCUAGCUGACAGUGAAAAUGAAAAAAGUAAAUGGGUAGGAGUCUUACAUGAAUUACAUAGGAUUUUAAAGAAGAACAAGCUCAAAGAUCGCUCCGUCUACGCUCCCAAAGAAGCAUAUGAUAGUACCUUACCCCUUAUUAAAACUAGCCAAGCAGCAGCAAUUAUAGAUCAUGAACGAAUAGCUUUGGGCAAUGAAGAAGGGUUAUUUGUUGUUCAUGUUACAAAGGAUGUCCAACAUAAGGCAUUGUCCAGAUAUAUUUCUUCAUGUUUCUUCCUAGGUUACAAUGCACCAUACCUCUCAGUUUAUAGUGAAAAUGCGGUUGAUAUAUUUGAUGUGAACUCAAUGGAGUGGAUUCAAACCAUCCCCCUCAAGAAGGUACGUCCUUUGAACACAGAAGGGUCGCUAAAUGUCCUAGGACUAGAAACUGUUAGAUUAAUCUAUUUCAAAAAUAAGAUGGCAGAGGGUGAUGAGUUGGUGGUUCCUGAGACAUCAGAUAACAGUCGAAAGCAAAUGGUCCGAAAUAUUAAUAAUAAACGGCGCUACUCAUUCCGAGUGCCUGAGGAAGAGAGAAUGCAGCAGAGAAGAGAAAUGCUGAGAGAUCCAGAAAUGAGAAAUAAAUUAAUUUCUCACCCAACUAACUUUAACCAUAUAGCACACAUGGGCCCAGGAGAUGGUAUACAGAUCCUCAAAGACCUGCCCAUGAACCUUCGGCCUCAGGAAAGUCGGGCAAUGUUUAGUGGUUCUGUCAGUAUCCCUUCAAUCACAAAAACCCGGCCUGAGCCUGGACGCUCCAUGAGUGCUAGUAGUGGUUUGGCAGCAAGAACAUCUGCACAAAAUGGUAGUGCUUUGCGGAGAGAAUUCUCAGGAGGUAGCUAUGGAGCAAAGCGUCAGCCAAUGGCAUCCCCUUCAGAUGGCUCUUUGUCUUCUGGUGGCUUGGACCAAGGCAGUGAUGCACCAGUGAGGGACUACGAGAGAGAGGACUCUGACUCUCCAAGGCAUUCUACAGCUUCCAACAGUUCCAACCUGAGCAGCCCUCCCAGUCCCAUUUCUCCUCACAAGACCAAGAGCCUCUCCCUGGAGAGCUCGGACCACGUGAGUUGGGACUCAUGAACUGCUUCGGCACUCAGAUUUGACAUCUCAGCAGCUUUUGGUCCCCAUGAUUCUCCAUUUGCUCUCAUUCUCAUCUCCUCUCAGCUUCCCUACAAGAAUCAAACUGUGGGUGGGAGGGGGAGGAAGAGAAUGUAUGUGCCAUAAUUGGCACCAGUAGCGCAAUUCUCUUCCCCUCCUAAUAGUAGCCAGCAAACGAAAGAAAACCUGGUGGAGGGCAGCAAGGAGUUGUUGUUAUAUGAGAAAUAUUGGUAAUGUCUAUUAUUAUCAAUUUUAUUUCAUAGGAUUAUGAAAUUCCAUUGUAUGGCAUAUUAUGCAACACAUCACACUGCAAACAAAACAUGGUAGUGUAGGCUGAUAUACACAAUAAUGUAACAGGAAACCAGACAGAUUUGCUUUGGUACACGUAGACCCAUAUUAUAUUUUUUCAGAAAUAAGUACAGCAACAUCCUCCAUGUUUGAUAAUAGGGUGAAAUUUGCCCUGCUAAGGAAGAUACACAUGCUUUCAGACACUCUGAAUGUCAGUCUGAUUGCUACCAGUAAAUCUUAUUGAUUUUGGGAAGGGUGGGGUGGAAAUGAUGCAUAUUUUACUAUAAUAGAGUUUAAGUAAAUACACAAAAUUAAGAGUUAGUACAUAUGUAUAUAAUAAAAGGAAAAGCAGCAUUGUAAUGCAGCAGAAGUUGGAUUCCUAUUUAAGAGAUCCUUUAAUUUAAAAUUUGUGGUGUUUCUUUUUUCAUACUAAAUAAUCUAUGGAUUGAGGGUGUGAUCUGAAUUUAGAACAUGGCACUGGAUAAAAAACAUACAGCCUAGAUGAAGACUCCAUCCUCACAAUUUUUCUCUGUGACAUUUCCUCAUCAGUAGAAAAAACGAAAGCCAUAAGCAUCAUUUUAAAUUAUCUCUGCCUGAUUUCCACUUUAUUUUACAAGCAAAACCUAUUGUUUACUAGUACACAGAUGAAGUAAACUGAAGGGUAUCCAAACAAUUAUAGAAUCUCCUCGGCUGAAGUAAAUGCAAAUAGAAAUGAAUGAGCUUUUGGAAAAUUAGGGCUAGGCUUUCAAACCCAUUUUGCCUUUUAAUCACCACAAGCUCUUAAGUAACUUUCUUAGUUAACUAAGAAACUAACCAACAUUCACUGAAUACAAGGAUCAUUCAGUCCAAAAUAGAAGUUCUUGAAACUUAACAUGCCGCUUGUAAAGUUGUUCUUUGCUAAAUUAUUCAACACUUCUGAAGAUUUUAAUUGCGGUCAUCUGCUUACCCAUCCUGGUCUAGAAUUCCUAUUGUCUUUGAUGUAGAAUUCUGGUGGUUGAAUCUAAUAGAGAAAGCUUAAUCAGAGCACAGCAUUUCCAUCUGAAUAGUUGAGAUCCAUCAUCACCUAGAAAUACAGUGGUAAAGAGAACAUGCAGAUGGAGGGGAAAGGCAAACCCCUUUUUCUUCCGUGUUAUUGAAUAAAAUGAGUACGGUUUGCAUUUUCACACGAGAUGAAUGUGAAUUUUCUUUUUAGAAUUGUUGCUUCUUUAGGCUAGACUUAAGCUCAAGUGGAUAAAGUAUUCAGGUGGUAAUUAAAAAAAUAGUUUCUACAAGUUUUGUAAUGUAUCAUGAAUAUUGUCAAACAAUUACAGUUAACAUCAGUGGAAAACCAACAAAUCUGUAAGAAUUUCCUAAGUCACCUCUGAAAAAUCAUCAGCUACAAUCACACAAAAUUCUGACUGAAGAUAGAGAUCAUUGUCUCUAAUCAUCUAGGUGUAUUCAGUCUGUUAUUUCUGUAUUUGCAUUUAUCUCUUAUGCUGGGGAAUAAUUGGGAGUAGGAGGCAAACUUACACUUUGGUAUUAAGAAUGGUAUCCUAAACCUGUCUGUUGAAUUGAGUUUAUUAAGAAUCUCAGAAUUAUGCUUUGUCAUGAGUUAGAAACAAAAGAUUUGAAUUUCAGCACUACCAAUUAAAAAUACUAAAGGAAUUUCCUGCAAGUCUUUUCCAAGGAAUUGAGUCACAGCAACAAGAACAGCAUAUAAAAUCUAUUAGCUCUCGUCUCCCUUGACAGUCAUUAUUCCAAGAUCCUGUUCAGUCUUUCUUACAAUGAUGCUCUUGCCAUUGUCAUUGCUCCAUCCCAUGGCGAAAAGGUUAGCAUUCCCUCCACCCCAUAUUCGCUGGUGUUUUUUAAAGGCUUCUGGUUCUAGCUUUAAAUUGCACCUGGCUUGCAGAAUUAUUGAUUUCAGAAAUGAUAUUGGAAGCCCUCAACAAGUCCUAUGGCAAUCAAGCUAUGGUUCACUUGAAGACAGUUUGUCAUACCUGCAAACAAGAGCUAAUGGGACGAAAUCUGCAAAUUAGAAAUAGUUUUACAUCAAACUAUUUAAUAAAUGAAAACAGUGUGAGGAUUUGUGAACUUGCAAUACCAAUACUGAUAAAUCCUUGGGUACUUUUUCCAGCUGUACCCAACACAAACACUCUUAAAUCUCUGAAGAGUUAGCUGGUAAAUUUGAGGUUUGCAGCGGUGCAUUUCUCAGUUUUCAUUCCUACAUUUUUUCCGUUUCUCCAGGCACUUUCAUGUGCUCUGACUGAAUCCUGACUAAUUUGAUUAGGAUCUCUUUUGUAUGCAGCUUGGAGCUAUGCUGGCCGUAAAUUUGCUUUCAACUUAUUCAGGCACUUCAUUCAUUGCCCUGUUAUAUUUAAGAGGUUCAAUAAAUUGGAUUAUAACUGAACCUCAGAUGGUUCACCACUUGAGACUCUGUGUAUUUAAAAUAGAAACAAUCUAUACACAACAUUCAUGUUUCUUUUCAGAAUAUAUUCCUACUGUACAAUUUUAUUCUGAAUCAAUCUUUCAUUAAUGACUUUGUCUAAAAUUUGAUUGACAGGUUAUGUUGUAUUCCUAUUUAUCUUUUUUCUUGUCUUUUCUUAGAACAGCAGGGUUGGGGGUGAUUCACUAUAACAUUUAUGUUAAACUCAGGUAUUCGGAAACAGCAGACUAAUGUUUUAAUAUGUACAUGUUAAUGCAAUAAUGUACUUUUGGGUAUGUGAUUUCCCCAGAGACACAUCUUAAGUCACAAGCAAAGCUUUUGUUCCAAAGUCAAAAACUUGGAAGAUAAAUUGAGUUAAGGAUGAUGGUGGGUGUUAAAAAUACUUGGGAUUUUUCAGCUACCAGAUUUCAGGGAUAACAUACACCUGUAUAACAGCAGCAGCAGCAGAGAUUCUUCCUUUUUCCUUGCCUGUUGUUUAAUGAAAAGAAAUUGGCUUGUUAGGAUUAUACCACAGAGUUACCUCUUUGUAACUGGGGUCCUUUAUCUAGGUGCACAGUUUGGAAACCCCAGGACAUGCAUGUGCCUUCAGAGGAAGGUUACUGAAAGGCUCCGGGCAAAAUCUAGCCCAGAGCAACAGGACUAAUCAAGGCACUGUCCUGUCACUUUCAAGUGUCAUCAUUUGGAUUUUCCUGGGAAACUAGAUUUGCAAUUCUUCAUCUAUAGGGACCUUCAGGAAUCAGUUAAAAUGGAGACAUUAAAUUUUGGGGGACUACAUUGCAUGUUAAAGCGAUUCCACACACACAAAAAAUCAUUGCUUUCCUUUCUCAUUCUGCAUAAAAAACAUAGUCACACUGAUGAGGAAGCAAUUCACAACCAAAAACUGCCCUUGGUAUUUAACAGAAUUGUACCUGCCUUUUUAUGUACGAUUUCAUAUCAUUUAUUUUU